AUGAAAAGUGGGUUUUGGCAAAUUCCCAUUGAAGAAGAAGAUAAACACAAGACUGCAUUCAUCACUACUGAAGGUCUUUAUGAAUGGAAUGUUUUAGCUCAAGAAUUAAAAAAUAGCCCGCCAUCAUUUCAACGAGUAAUGGCCGAUAUAUUAUCUACAUGUCGUCAAUUUGCAUUAGUUUAUAUUGAUGACAUUGUGGUUUUUUCUCGCUCAUUUGAAGAACAUCUUGAACAUAUUCAACAAUUAUUAUCAAUUUUAUUGAAAUACAAUUUUCAACUUUAUCCGGCAAAGUGUAAUAUUUUCCAUCAACACAUUGAUUAUCUAUCUCAUACGAUAUCUGAAUUUGGUGUUAAACCUAAUAAUGAAAAAAUUCAAGCAAUUAUUAAACUGAGGGAACCUUCUAUAUUAGCAGAAGCAAAUAAGUUCCUGGGUGCCAUUUCAUGGUACCGAAAAUUUAUUCCUCAAUUUGCUACAGUUGCAGCACCUAUCCAUCGAGUAACAAAUUUAACCAAAUCAAAUCGAAGACAAUUUGUUUGGGGUGAUGCACAAAAACAAGCAUUUUUACAAUUAAAAGAAUUAUUAAUUAAAUCCCCAUUAUUUCUUGAUUUUCCAAAUGAUAAUUAUCCACUUAUAUUGACAACCGAUGCAUCGAAAGUGGGUAUAGGUGGUACAGUACAACAAAAUAUUGAUGGUGAAAUAAAAAAUUUAUAUUAUCAUUCUCAAGUUACAUCUCCUACUCAACGACGAUAUGAUCCUAUUGAAUUAGAAGCAUGA